GAAGAAGAGUCCGUUAUUUCAGCUGCAGAAGAAGAAGAAGACGGCCGCUAACCGUUAGCUUGUCAGGCAAACGCAGUUUCUCCAAUGUCUGGCUAACGUCGGUGCAGGUGUCGAAGAAAAUCAUAUGCUGCGAAAGAGAGCGAAGGUCACAUCACAGAGUUCCUGACAAAGACCGACCUCACUUUUGACAGCAUGGAGAAGCAGUUGCAUUUGAACCUGUUAGCCUCCAGACCUCCUAUGGCAGGUGGUUUUCAGUCCAGCUCCAAAAUGAAAAUGGGACCUGGGCGGAAGAGAGAUUUCUCCCCCCUCCCCUGGAGUCAGUACUUUGAAACCAUGGAAGAUGUUGUGGUGGAAAAUGAAAAUGGCAAAGAUAUUUUCAGAAUUUACUGCAGUGGCUCCCACGGUCCUGUGCUGCUGCUGCUUCAUGGAGGAGGUCACUCUGCACUUUCCUGGGCGGUGUUCACUGCCAUAAUAUGCAGCAGGAUUAAUUGCAGGGUGGUGGCUAUGGACCUUCGAGCUCAUGGUGACACCAAAGUGAAAAAUCCUGAAGAUCUCUCUGCAGACACGAUGGCCAAGGAUAUUGGCAAAGUGGUGGAGGCACUCUACGGAGACAACCCACCUCCAAUCAUGCUUAUUGGUCACAGCAUGGGAGGGGCCAUUGCAGUUCACACUGCCACUGCCAAUCAUGUACCAUCCCUGCUUGGUCUCUGUGUCAUUGACGUUGUAGAGGGGACAGCAAUGGAUGCUUUGAACAGUAUGCAGAAUUUCCUCAGAAGUCGCCCAAAAACAUUUAAAUCUCUGGAAAAUGCGAUUGAAUGGAGUGUGAAGAGUGGCCAGAUCCGAAACAUUGAGUCAGCCCGCGUGUCAAUGGGAGGCCAAGUGAAAAGAUGUGAGGAAUCCACCAGCAGUUCAGGUGUGUCUAAUAGCAUCGGUGAAGGUAUUAUAGAAGAAGAGGAAGAUGAGGAAGUGGAAGAAGAAUCCAACAAGAAAAGAGCCAAGGAAGAUGACCCAGAGGUUUGGUUUCUCCCAGUCCUCGUUUUUCUCAUGUGGUCUGUAUGGGUUUUGGAAAGACUGAAAAACUACUUGAAUUCUUCCACACAGACAAAAAAGGAGAGCAUCUUCACCUGGAGAGUGGAGCUGUCAAAGACAGAAAAAUAUUGGGAGGGCUGGUUUAAGGGUCUUUCUGCCCUCUUUCUCACCUCCCCUGUGCCAAAACUGCUUCUUCUUGCAGGAGUGGACAGGCUUGACAAAGAUCUUACCAUUGGACAGAUGCAAGGGAAGUUUCAGAUGCAGGUCCUCCCUCAGUGUGGGCACGCUGUCCAUGAGGAUGCGCCUGAGAAAGUAGCAGAUGCACUAGCAACAUUUAUGGUCCGGCACAAAUUCACUGAGUUUAAGGAGGGAUACCUGUGCUAAUUUCCAGUUUUGCGUCUACAUUUAGCCAGCAGCCGUAGAAGAAAUGUCUCAAGAUUCAUCAACAACAUUGUCCAAUUUAACAGCAAAUUAAGGAAACUAUAGCUAUUAUUAUUAUUAUUAUUAUUAUUAUUAUUAUUAUUAUUAUUAUGUUUUUGUCAUGUUGAUAUUUUUGCCUUUCUGCUUUGCCUUAUUUUUC